AUGAGCAGGCCAUCACGGACACGAGCCAUUGCGCGUUGGACGGCCCUCCCGUUACUGUUGCUCGUUGCAGUCGUCAUCCUCGCCGCUAGCGCAACAGCACGCUCGCCCCCACCACCACCGGUGAGCAGGGUACACCAUCCCGAACGCUCGUCGUUGCGUAUCCUGCCUCGCGGCGGCGCCAAUGGCCUGUCGGCGCGAUCGCGCUUUGCACCAUCUCCCAAGUCAUUGCGACACGACGAUACACUGCUGCUCACGGUGUCGGUCCCUUCCCUGCUGUCGUUUGACGUCAACCUCCUCCUCAACCCCACUGAGCACCUCCUCCACCCCAACGCGCAGGUCACAUUCGAGUCGACCGGCGAGUCGAUCCCAUUGCGGGCCGAGGACUGGAGGCUGUACAAUGGCCAGGUCAUCCGCCCUCACUGGGUGGAGCGCACUUGGGUCGAGGAGGCAGCCGGUAUGGGCCGCAACCCCGGUGCCGUUCUCGGCCGCGCGAGCGUCAUGGUUCACGAGGUCGGAGACAACGAUGUCGUGUGGGAGGGUGUGUUCACCGUCCUUGGCACGACAUACAAUGUCAUGACGCGCGAAAACUACCGCCGUGUCAAGACGGCCGACGACGCCAACCCGACACCGUUUGGUGACGACCUCGUCAUCUUCUCUGACGCUGACAUGGUUCCCCGGAACGGAAGUGGACCGGCCCAGUCGUGCUCGCACGACAACCUGGCGUUCAACGUUGACGUGAACCACCCCGUGCGCCGUUCACUCGCCGCCGACAUCUUUGAGCGCAGCGACAUGGGCGGUACUGCCCCCUCGACCAACUACAUCAACGACAUCAACUCGACUACUGGUUGCCCCACGUCGCAGCAGAUCGUUUACAUGGGCGUCGCUGUCGAUUGCAACUAUGUGGGCGAGUACGGCACUGCCGAGGCAGCCCGCACCAAGGUGCUCAACAACUGGAACUCGAUUACGGCGCUGUACAAGUCGACGUUUAAGAUCUCCUUAGGUAUCACUGAAAUUGUCGUUAUGGACGCAACAUGCCCCUCGACGGCUCCUUCCACCGCAGAGUGGAACACCAACUGCUCGGCAUCGGUUACGCUCGACGACCGUCUCUCGCUGUUCAGCACCUGGCGCGGCAACCGUUCCGACGACGGCAUUGGUCUCUGGACGCUCAUGACCGCCUGCCAGACUGAUACCGAGGUCGGCGUCGCAUGGCUCGGCCAGGUGUGCACGACCGACGCGAACACGCAGACGGACGGCACCAUCGUUUCCGGAACUGGUGUUGCGUCAUACUCCAAGACCGAGUGGAACAUUAUCGCCCACGAAAUUGGUCACGGCUUUGGUGCCAUUCACGACUGCGAGUCUGGAUGCUCGCUCAGCGGCUCGUGUUGUCCGUACAGCACCAGCAGUUGCGAUGCCAACGGAGCGUACAUUAUGAACCCAACGACGGGCUCGACUGAGACAACUUUUUCGGCGUGCACGCUGGGAAACGUCUGCACGUUCCUUGGCAGCAACUCCAAGUCGUGUAUCGUCACUCCAGACUCGUCGCACACCAUCAUCUCGCUCAACCAGUGCGGUAACGGUAUCGUCGAAGACGGUGAGGACUGUGACCCGGGCUCCAACUCGACAUCCUCGUGCUGCACGUCCGACUGCAAGUUUACCUCUGGCGCCGUGUGUGACCCGUCCAACUCGGCGUGCUGUACCGACUCGUGCGGGUAUGCGGCCAGCACCGUGGUUUGUCGUGCGUCCAUCAACUCGAUCUGUGACCAGGCCGAGUACUGCACUGGCACCAACGCGACCUGUCCCACGGACGUGACCGCGGCGGACGGCACUAGCUGCGGCAGCGACGGUCUCGCAUGUGCCAGUGGCCACUGUACAUCUCUCAACGCUCAGUGUGUUGCUGCCGGCACGUCGCUCAACCUCACCACGGCAUGCGGCCAACGCAACGACAAGACGUGUAUGGUCGUCUGCAAGACGCCAAACGCCACCAACAUGUGUACCGAGCUCCAGACGGUGCUCAUUGACGGUUCGCCCUGUGGCUACGGCGGACACUGUUACAGCGGCGUGUGCAAGGCAGGCAGCUGGCAGGACACCUUCAAGGCCUGGUACCGCCAAAACCUAAACAUCUCCAUCCCCGUGACCAUUGCGGUCGGGCUCAUCGUCCUGUUCAUCCUCUACUCCAUCUCACGCUGCAUCUGCGGCUGCUUCCGCCCGCGCACAAAGGCCAUGCCCAUGACGCGCACCAACGGUCGUGGCGGACGCGACGUUGUCACCGCCCCGCCACUGGUCGCCACGUACCAGCCCAUUGACCCCAACAUGCACUCCCGGCAACAGUCGCUGGGCCUGAGCCCCACCAGCCCAGCCGGCGGCAACACCAACGACGGGCACGCAAUGGGCCAGCUGGGCGGCUACCAUGACCCGUACAGCAAUGUCAACGUCGGGUACGGUGCGCCGUAUGGCGGCCAGCCCGGCGGCGGUAACAACGGCUGGGUCGAUGCCGAGCAGUACAACGGCCCGAGCUAUCCGGACGACUACCGCCGGCAGUGGAGUGGCGCCCCCAACGCUGCCGCUGGGCACUAG